UAUUAGUUCUAACUAUCACAAUGAAAAUCCGUUUGGUUCUUUAAAUACUAAAUAUUAAUGUAAAAAGAACAUGCAACCAAGAAAAAAGUCGGCCAAGCCAAAAUUGUUGAACGAUCGAAGAUCAAGUGGCACUAAUUAUUCCCGAUUAACAAACUUACAUAAAUACAUAUCGAAUGGAGAUAAGGAAUCUUUAGAAAAACAAUUAGAAGUGGAAGGUACGAAGAAUUUAAAUACGCAGGACAAAACAGGGAAAAGCCCAUUAUUAUAUUCAAUUCUCGGGGAAUACACUGACUGCUUUGAGGUUUUGUUAAACUAUGACCCUGACAUUACGAUUAAAGAUUCUACAGGCAAAACAGCUUUACAUUACGCCGUGCAGAAGGUCUUUAGAAGAAUAAUAGCUAAUUAAUUAAUCGAUUAAUACAUUCAUUAUAUACUUUGUCAGGGAAACAUUGCAUUUAUAGAGAUGCUUUUACAAAGGGGAGCAAAUAUUAUGGACAAAGAUAACGAAGGAUUAAAUUCUCUCCUUCUAUCGUCUAGGUAUUCGAAUGCAAAAUGCUUAAAUUUAAUGUUAAAGCAUCUAAAUGCUCGUGACCUGGAAGAUACGGAUAAGCAAAAAGUUAAUGGCAAAAUAUUUCUGUUAAAAAACAGCGUUAAUUAGAGAAAUCUAUUUUUUUUAUAAACAGAAAACUGCAUUGCAUUGGAGUUGUUCGUCUGGCCAUCUAGAAAUUGUUAAAAUACUUAUAAAUAAUGUAAAAAUCAAAAUUUCUAAAUAUAGACUAUGAUCUAUUACGUAAUUAUGACAUAAUUUCAUACAAUGUCUCAAAAACACUAGGGAAUGAAGGCUUCUACUCAAGACAUCACUGGUAAAACUUCCCUACAUUGGGCAGCAAUGGGAAAAGGGCAAUUCGCAACUGACUGCAUUAGUUAUCUACUUGAAGUGGAACCGAGUAUAAUUAACGUACAGGAUUAUGAAGGAAGAACAUCUUUACACCAGGCAGCCGCCUAUGGUGACGAGAAUGCUGUCAGGACAUUAGCUUCUAAUGAGAAAUGCUCCGUUUCUUGUGUUGAUUCUCUAUUCCGUACUCCUUUACACUGGGCAUCGGUGUUGGGAAGGCAAGAAAUAGUAAAAAUUCUUAUGGAAUUUAAGAUUGAUUGCGGAAUGACAGACAGUAACGGCGCAACCGCUUUGCAUUACAGUGCAAAGAAUAAUUAUUCUGGCUGCGUAAAAGCUCUUUUGGGCGGAAUUUCUCAGGUAAUUAGGGACGAAUCGGACGGCGAGGGAAGGACUGCUCUAAUUUGGGCCUCCGGUCACGGAGCUGACGAUGCUCUGUCUCUCUUGGUAGAAGCCGGUUGCAAUGUUCAUCAUGUUGAUAAUCACGGUGCAACCGCUUUGCACGCAGCUGCUCAAAAUGGUCACGCUUCUACGGUAAAAUUGCUUCUAGCCUAUGGAUCGGAUAAGAAUGUAAUGGACCAAUUAAGUUUAACUCCACUUUUCCGUGCAUGCGAGUAUGGUCACGAAGAAGUUCUUCGUAUUUUAUACCAAAGUGGAGUGGAUUUAGAAACUAGGGAUGCUGAUGGUAGAUCCGCUCUGCACUGGGCUUCUCUUUCCGGCCACGCCCACAUAUGUUCCAUGUUAAUUAAGUUUGGAUUGAAUCCGGAUGUUUACGAUAGAUCAGGUCGAACUCCUUUGCAAUGUGCAUCAUAUAGUGGUCAUGUAAAUUGUAUGAUAAUUUUGAUAGAAUACAAGGCUGAUCCGAAUUGGCAAGAUAACGAAGGCAUGACAGCACUUCACUGGGCUUGUAGUAAAGGUCAUCUGGAAUCUGCUAAAAUUUUAAUACAAUUUCAAGCCUCUCUUAAUAAUAUGGAAUUAACUGAGGAUAAAUACACUCCGUUAGAUUAUGCGUUAUUGGAGAAUCACCAAAAAGUGGCACAAUUCUUAAUUGAACAGGGGGCCCUCUCCAUUAGAGGAAUUCAAGAAUCGGCUGCUACAAAAAUUCAAUCAGUCAUUCGAGGUUUAGCUGUUCGAAGGGAAUUAGAAGAAAAGAGAAACUUAUUAAGAAAAAAGCAUCAGAAACAACUUGAAGAAAAAAGGAAGCAAUCUAGGCAUAUACGUGCAGAGAAACUUCCGGUAACCAAAAAAAAUUCGAAAAACUCAAAACAAAUAGAUCGUUCCGAAACUAACGAGAUGAUACUGGAGAGAAAGAAUAGUUAUCGAAGAAAUAUCAGCAGAGAAAAAGAGAGAAAAAAAUUGAUAAAAGCAAAAAUUACAGCCGCAAUUGUAAUUCAAAGAGCUUGGAGACGGUAUAAAUCCAGCGGAUUCGUCAGGAACGGAAAUGACGAUAUGAUUAGAGAAUUGGCAGCGUUAACUAUUCAGUUGGCUUGGAGAAAGUAUUAUAGGAGGAGAGUCUUGUCCAAAUUGAAUGAAUUAACCUCAAAAAAGAGAAAAGUGUUACAAAUAUGGGACCCAGCAGUAAUCUCAGCUAAACAGGAGGCCUUAGUCCGGCAUAUAUAUGGAGACGAAAAUGUAACGGAGCCUGACCAAUGGUUUCCCAAAUUGAAAGCCAUUAACAGACCAUUAUGGUUAAAAUAUGCUUCAUCUCCAGCUGCACUGUCCUUUAAUUUUGCAGUUGAUCAAUAUAAUCCCUACGUUUGAAAAUUCUUAUACAGAUAUUUAGAAUAAUUUGCGAAAUGAUAAUUUUAUCAUUCUACGUACUGAAAAUAGCACAGAAACAACCCAAUCACUAUUCUAAUGAUUCUCUGUAGAUGGCGUUGGACAUGCCUUUAUUCACUUGCCAAAAAGCUUAAAUUUGUAAUUAAUAUUAGCCUAUUCCAAGAAUACUGAAAUAAAUAAUGGCUGAUUUUCUUCAAAAUAAAGUAAUCUUUAUUUAUCUUAAUGUAAAGGAAUUAAAGGAAUUGUUAGGAAAGAAGACAUAAUCCAGUACAAAAGAGAAUCCGUUUCUUAUCUAAUUGCUAAAUUUGUUAUUUUGAUUACAGACAGCUUUUAAUAUUUAAUUUAUCCAUCUAUUUUAUGUCUUUCCUUUUCAGUUACAAAUAAAAAAACAUCAUAAAGAAUAAAGAUAUUUACAUGUCCUUUCAAUCUUUCUAAAAGCAAUCAAGAUAAUCUUAUUCACUUGACAGAAUUGGUAAAAAAAUUUUCCUCUUAGGUCAAUAAAAAAAAACAGUAUUUACCUUAUUUAAGAUCUGGAAUCUUUCUGUGUAAUGCAGUUAGAUAAGUCUAAUGCAAUAAUUGUAUAUAUUACUGAAUUUAUCUUUAUAAACCCUUAUAUUCUAUACAAUUCCGUCGCGAAAAAUUCUAUAUUCUUCGUAAGCAUUCCACUUACCUUUAAGCAUUUCUUUAAGAUAAGGAUAUUUUAAGGAAACAAUUUAUCUAAAAUACUAUAUUAGAAGGUGAUUUAAC